AUGGACCAAUAUACGAGAAAAACUUCUUUGCCACAACGUAGAGCCACUUUAGCUAAUAUUGCGGAUUCAAACCAAUAUUUAGCUAGUUUAAGGCAACAACAACCAAUGUCAGCCAUUCGUCAAAAACGUCAGUCAAAUUUUCCUCAAGCUGGACGCGUCUCAAAAGUUGUUUCCGAAGUAGUAAAUCCAAAAGGUUUUGGGCGUGCUGGAAGAAGUUCUAUUAGGCCGAGUUCUGCUUUACAAACUAUACCACAAGAUAGAAUAAACGACAAUAAUAAUGUUAGACAAAAAGACUGCCGUCCGUUACGUGAUAAACAGUACCAAAUGGAAUCAAUUAAUUUAAUUAUUGAUUUUUUAAGAAAUUCUAAUUAUCCUUACCCAAUUGAACAAAGAAAUUUAUCAAGCCCUAUUGCGAAAGAUUUUCUUAAUAUUUUUAGAUUCUUAUAUAAUCGUUUAGAACCUUAUAAAGAUAUCCUAAAAACUGAAGACAUUGCUGGAGCUUUAAAAGCUAUAAAGUAUCCAUUUAUUCAUGAUGUCUCAAAAUCUUCUUUACAAGCCGUUGGGAACCAACAGACUUGGCCAAUACUUCUUGGAAUGUUAAGAUGGUUGGUGGAGGUUGUCGCUAUGUGGGAAAGAGUCGAAACAUUAGAAAAUGAUCAAAAUGUGAUGAGUUUAGAAUUUUUGUUUUUUAAUUAUCUUGCUGAUUCAUAUGAAUUAUUUCUUAAUGGAGCUGACGAAUAUCCUGAACAAGAUGAAGAAUUAUCAAUUAAUUUUGAGCGUAUGUGUGAGGAACUCAUCAAGACUAAUGAUGAACUUCAAAGUGCUGUCAAUGAAUUAGAAAAUGAAUUAAAUCGAAUGAGUGAAACAAAAGAUCCAUUAACUGAAGUGAGAAAUGACAAUCAAACGCUUCGUUCGGAUAUGGAUAAAUUUAAUAGUUAUACAAAACAUUUGGAAGAAAAGAAGAAAAAGCUUAGUGAAUCUAUUACAAAAUUAGAAGAUCAACAAAGGACAAUUGAGCUGGAAUUAAAACAAAAUGAAGAAGAAAAAGAAAAAAUACAAAGACAAGUUGAUUCUCAACCAAUAUCUCCUGAUGAUGUUGAAAGGAUGCAUAAAGAAAGUGAACAAAUAACGAAUAAGCGUAACGUUAUAGCAGGGAAAAUGAAAGAAAUUAAUAAACUACAGUGGGAAAAAAAAUUAGAUGUUGAAAAAGAAAUUAUUGAAUUAGAGCAUUUAAUCCAAAGCCAUAAUUCUAAUCUAUUUAGAAUUGGUCUUUUACCUUCGUCUUCAAGAUUGGCUAAUGGAGAAAAUUUUGAAUUAUCAAUUAAUGUCGAAGCUGAUAGAAUCGAAAAAAUCAUUUCUUUGGAUUUGAAAGAUACUGUCAGGAACAAACUUGCAGAAGUUCGAAAAGAAUUUAUUAAUGAACUUGAUAAAACUCAAGAACAAAUGACUCGUGCUAAUGAAGAUGUACAACAUUUAAUUGAUGACAUUGGAGAUAAAGAAUCGGAUUUACAUAACUUGGAAGAAACUAAAAAUUCUCUUUCAAAACAAUUUGAUGAAUUAAAAGAAUCUGAACAAAAAGAAUACGAUAAUUUAGUUAAACGAAUUGUUGCUUUUGAACAAGGAGUUAAACAAUCGAAAUCUAAAGGAAACUCUAAUUAUAUUGAAUGUAAACAAAAACGUCAAGAAAUUCAGAUUCAUUAUGAUCAUAUUUCUAGAGAGUAUCAUAAUGCGAGAGAUGCUGCGAUCAAUGAAUUUAAUCAGAUUAAAAAUGAUCAAGUGCGUAGGUUACAAAAUAUUUCAGCUGCUAUUACUAGUCUGACACAGUUAUCUAGAGAUUAUUUGAAAGACGUAGUGAAGAAAGAAAAGCAUCAAAAAGUUCAUAGUUGA